AUGCGCCGCAACCCAUCGGUUCCCCUGAGAUACCUGGGAGAGAGCGCAGCGAACAGCAGAAGCCCGUUCCCCAGCCCCGCCCGGUCGGGUGGCUCGGCCUCAGGCGGAGGCCGGCUGACCCUUCCGGCUACCCCGGCACUCUCCCUGCACUCCCCCCCUGCACUCCCCCGGGCCAGGGCCGUCAGAGUCCGGCCGGGCACCUGGGGAACACCUCAUCCAGCCUCCCAGCGCCGAGCGCCGCCACGAAGCCAGCCCGAGGCUCCGCCAUCCGCCAACCGCUUCGGUGUCGGAGCCAUCGCCGGCCGGCCGGCCGCAACGUACCUGGAGCGACGUCGCUCCUCGGCCGCCCUCAGCCGCCUUCAGCCGCCCUUAGCCAGAGCAGAGACCCCAGACAAAAUGACCCCCGGCUGGCCUGCGGCUAGACUAAAUCUCCCUCCCUCGGCCCCCGUCGCUUGCCAGCCAAUGACAGCGCAAAGAAAUAAGCUCCGGAGGAAAAGGGCUGUAGAUUCCAACUGUGACAAUUCGUCUGCCUUGGAACCCGGGAUGGAGAUUGGCCAGAGAAUUCCAGAUACCAGAAUGGACUCAAAACUGCUGCUUCAGGGAGCCUUCACAGACAAUCUGUGGAGCCUUUAUUUCCACAGCUCGGUUCAGGGAUGGGACUGAGGAGCCAUAAAGAACAAUGUUUCUCAUCACUAUAGCCAGAUGUGCUCUGGAGACAGAAAGUCUCACAGGCAAAUGGGGGCUGUUUGCAAAAUGUCCUUGACUGGCUAAGCGGAAUUGCUGAGGUGCUGGAGGAAUCUACUUGCCUGCUGUCACAGUCUUCUUCACACACAGCCCACUACAGGGCAGUAUGGGAAAGUCCUUUAUUUGCAUGCUAUAGAUGGCUCACUUCAAACUCCGCAAGCAGGAUGCAGGGAAUGGCUGAUCUGGGUGGGUUAAAAGCCAGCCUGGAUGAACACCAGGCCCACCAAUCUCAAAAUAAAUUAAUAAAAAUC